UCGCUGCUGCAUAGCGCCGACCUGCCAGCUGAUAUCGCGCCCUCCAAGUCCUUCCGUCGCUUUGUGCUGGGCAUGUGCGUGGUGUUCCUCUUCAUCAUCGAGGUCAGCCAGUUCAUUCUCACUCCCGCCAUGGAGCAGAUCAUGGAGGAUGUCAUUUGCCGGCGCUAUCACCCGGAUCAUGCUCUGGCGAUGCACGACAACCGGUGCAAGGAGACGGACGUGCAAAAGACGCUGGCCAUGGUGCGAUCCUGGUCCAUGUCUGGGGAGAUGCUGUUUCCCCUUUUUGUCCAGAUCUCUUUUGGUGUCGUUGCUGACAAGUAUGGCCGUCGUCUUGUCAUCUUCCUUGCUCUCUUUGGAGCCUUUCUCGAGCAAGUCUGGAUAACGAUUGUCUUGCUCUUCCCUGAUACGUUCUCCAUCUGGAGUAUGCUCUAUGGCAGCGUUUUCUACUUGAUUGGUGGCGGUGGCCAGAUGGUCGUUGCCAUGGUUUGGACCAUCAUUGCCGACGUGGUUCCCGUGGCUGAGAGAACCAGCGUCUUCUACCAGGUCUAUGCCAUGAACCUCAUCAUCUCCGUUGCUGUCAACCCUCUCGCUGCAUGGCUGCUCAGCAUAGAUGCUUGGCUUGCAAUGUGGAUUGGCAACGGAAUCCUGGCCGUUGGCAUGCUGUCGUCCGCUCUCAUCCCGGAGACGCUGAAACUUCGCCAGGCGGCCGAUAACAAGCGCCGCGGUCAAGGCGCGUCGCCUCCAGUCGAGGAUGAAUCUCAGUUGUCGUCGAGGAAGCUUCCUGGUGCAAAGGACUUGGCGCGCCGUGCGUGGUUCUCCGUCAAGAACGACGUGUCCCACGUGUGGCACUUUAUCUUCGCCUCCAAAAUCGUGGUGCUGCUUCUUCUGGCCUAUGGACCAUUCUACCUCAUCAGGCUAGCUUUUAUUCUGGACAUUUUGCAGUACAUGAGCCGCCGCUUUAACUGGGAGUGGUCAACAGCAACCUAUAUCAACACUAUCAGCAGCCUGACGGCCGUCUUCACCCUGCUUGUGGUGCUACCUGUAGCAUCCCACAUACUGACCGCGCGUUUCCGGUACAACCCCAUCCGGCGCGAUCUUCUCUUAGCUCGCAUCUCCAUUGUCGUUUUCAUCAUUGGCAGCAUUCUCACCGCCUUGGCUGACGUGCCGUGGCUCUUCAUCUGCGCCAUGGUCAUCACCAAUCUUGGCCAGGGCAUGAGCACCCUCUGCAGGGCCCUACUCAAUGCUGUGGUUGAGCCGCACACCAUUGCGACUCUCAACACCACCAUGUCCACCAUGGAAACCCUGAUGGGCUUCAUAGGCUCGCCAGUCAUGGGAUGGCUCCUGAGCCGUGGCAUGGAGCUGGGCGGAAUGUGGAUGGGCUUGCCUUAUAUGGCGACGACUCUGCUUGGAGUCUGUGUCAUGGUGGCAAUUUAUCUCGUCAGAAUUCCAGCUGGAUUUGCUCAG